AUGAUUUUCAACGGUAUCUCACAAAUCUUGAUUGAGGUCACUGCUUUACCUUUGUACCAGCAAGCAAUGGUACCAACCUACGCAUAUUCUUCAGUCGACUUUUACAGCCCAUUGCUGGGAGGGGGGUCGAUGCUUGAUGAUGCUGGAGAUGGUUUUGGGGAACCGUUAAACGUAAUCAUCUCAGGUCUGUCGUCUCCGGAGGUGCUCACCGAAGACGGAAUAAUAAAUUUCGCGAAGGCGAUUGGUUUUUCAGAAGAAUGUCUCGGAAUACAUCUCGGCGCCCCACAAUCUGCUAACUUGGGAGAUGGAAAUGGCUGGGUCAAUCAAACGAUCGAACUGAGACAAGAUUACGGGAACUCUGAAAUUGGGACGUGUUUAGAGACGCUAAUCGGUGGUAAUCAUUUCCGUGUAUUUGUGCAGAAUGGCGCAGAUGCGCUCAGCGGAGCUCUAUUCCUAGCUGUGUCUCAAGAAGAAGACCUUGAGGAAGGCCACACUAUCAUCCCGGACGGAUACAAUAUCGGCCGGGAUAAGCUAGCGUCGUUGGCUGUUGGCACUACCCACUUCGAUGGUCUCACAUAUUCUACAACAGCGCGGAAUAUUACUGGGCUUUUAGCUGCAGGCAGCGUCGGGUACGUCUGCAUUGGCACAGACGGAAUCACAACUCUGCUUACAGUAACGAUUGUUGACGACUGUUCAUGA